CUCAGCGUUCGUCUCGCCUCCUUGUCUAACACACGCGCAGCCCCGUCCGAGGGAGCUGCAGAGAGAGAAGGGCUUGGCAGAGCUCGUGGACACACAUGUGGACGAGUGCACCACGAUCUCCGGCGUGUGCGAUGGUGGCGAGUGCACCAACACGGCAGGAAGCUACGUGUGCACGUGCCCGCGCGGCUUCAUGACCAGUCCAGAUGGAUCCCGCUGCAUUGACCAGCGGAUUGGCACAUGUUUCUCAGCGCUGAUCGGCGGGCGCUGCGCCGGGGAGCUCCCAGGCCACUACACCAAGAUGCAGUGCUGCUGCGACUCCGGGCGCUGCUGGGCGAUCGGGCAGACCCCUGAACUGUGCCCCGUCAGGGGAUCCGAUGAGUACCGCAGGCUCUGCAUUGAAGGGCUCCCGGCCGUGCCAGGCUUCUCUGGGAGCUUCCCUGGGAUUCCUGGGUUUGGGCCAAACGGUGUCGGGCCUGGAAUCGGCGGACCUGGAGGCAUCGGACCUAAUGGGGCAAACGGCCAAGGCGGGAUCCCGGGGCUUCCUGGGAUGGGCCCUGGAAGUUCGAGCAUUGGAACUGCCACCUUAAAUCAGACCAUCGACAUCUGCAAGCACUUCACCAACCUGUGUCUGAACGGGCGCUGCAUCCCCACCCCCUCCAGCUACCGCUGCGAAUGCAACAUGGGAUACAAGCAGGACGUGCGUGGCGAGUGCAUUGAUGUGGACGAAUGUUCCAGCAGCCCCUGCGUGCACGGCGACUGUGUGAACACACCUGGCUCCUACCACUGCAAGUGCCAUGAGGGCUUCCAGAGCACCCCCACCAAGCAGGCCUGUAUCGACGUUGACGAGUGCAUCAUGAAUGGCGUGAUGUGCAGGAACGGCCGGUGCGUUAACACCGACGGCAGCUUCCAGUGCAUCUGCAACGCGGGCUUCGAAAUCACCCCCGAUGGCAAGAACUGUGUCGAUCAUGAUGAAUGUGCCACAACCAACAUGUGCCUCAAUGGGAUGUGUAUCAAUGAAGACGGCAGCUUCAAAUGCAUCUGUAAACCCGGCUUUGUGCUGGCUCCCAAUGGGCGCUACUGCGUCGACAUUGACGAGUGCGAGACCCCGGGCAUCUGCAUGAACGGCUGGUGCAUUAACACGGAGGGCUCCUUUCGCUGCGAGUGCCUGGGCGGCCUGGCUAUCGGCGUGGACGGGCGGGUGUGCGUGGACACCCACAUGCGCAGCACCUGCUACGGAGCCAUUAAGAAGGGCACCUGUGCCCGUCCCUUCCCAGGAGCAGUCACCAAGUCUGAAUGCUGCUGUGCUAACCCUGACCAUGGCUUCGGAGAGCCCUGCCAGCCCUGCCCAGCCAAAAACUCGGCCGAAUUCCAGGCACUCUGCAGCAGUGGCAUUGGAAUAACAGCUGAUGGCAGAGAUAUUAAUGAGUGCGCCCUCAACCCGGACAUCUGCCCCAACGGCAUGUGCGAGAACCUGCGCGGGAGCUACCGCUGCAUCUGCAACCUGGGCUACGAGUCAGAUCCCACGGGCAAGAACUGCGUGGAUGUCGACGAGUGCGCCGUCAAUCGCUUGCUCUGUGACAAUGGCCUGUGCCGUAACACGCCCGGCAGCUACACGUGCACCUGCCCCAAGGGCUUUGUCUUCAGGACGGAGACAGACACCUGCGAAGAUAUCAACGAGUGCACGUCCAACCCCUGUGUGAACGGGGUCUGCAGGAACAACGCCGGCUCCUUUGCCUGCGAGUGCUCCCCGGGCAGCAAACUGGACCCCAGUGGCACCAUCUGUGUGGACAGCAUGAAGGGAACGUGCUGGCUGAACAUCCAGGACGGGCGCUGUGAGGUGAACAUUAACGGGGCCACGCUGAAGUCGGAGUGCUGUGCCACACUGGGAGCGGCCUGGGGCAGCCCCUGCGAGCGCUGUGAGAUCGAUACCACCUGCUCCCGAGGGUUUGCCAGGAUGAAGGGGGUCACAUGUGAAGAUGUGAACGAGUGUGAUGUCUUCCCCGGCGUCUGCCCCAACGGACGCUGUGUGAACACGGCCGGCUCCUUCCGCUGCGAGUGUCCUGAAGGGCUGACCCUUGAUGGGACUGGCAGGACGUGUGUGGAUGUACGUGCGGAGCAGUGCUACAUGAAGUGGGAUGAGGAUGAGUGCACGGCACCCCUGCCGGGGAAGUACCGGAUCGACAUGUGCUGCUGCUCUGUGGGCUCAGCCUGGGGCAGCGACUGCGAAGAGUGCCCCAGAGCUGGCAGCAGCGAGUACAAGGCCAUCUGCCCCAGGGGCCCUGGCUUUGCCAACAGAGGGGACGUGCUCUCAGGCAGACCCUUCUACAAAGAUGUGAACGAGUGUAAGGUCUUCUCCGGCCUCUGUGCUCACGGGACCUGUCGGAACACCAUUGGCAGCUUCCGGUGCCUCUGCGGCAAUGGCUUCGCCUUGGAUGCCGAGGAAAGAAACUGCACAGAUAUCGAUGAGUGCCGCAUCUCGCCGGACCUGUGUGGCCAUGGCACCUGCGUCAACACCCCGGGCAGCUUCGAGUGCGAGUGCUUCGAGGGCUACGAGAGCGGCUUCAUGAUGAUGAAGAACUGCAUGGACAUCGACGAGUGCGAGCGGGACCCGCUGCUGUGCCGUGGAGGGAUCUGUGUCAAUACUGAGGGCAGCUUCGAGUGCAUCUGCCCCCCAGGCCACGAGCUGAGCGCAGAAGGCAAUGCCUGCGUCGAUAUCAAUGAGUGCUCCCUCAGCGACAGCCUGUGCCGCAACGGGCACUGCGUCAACAUCAUCGGCACCUACCAGUGCGCCUGUGACUCUGGCUUCCAGGCCACUCCGGACAGGCAGGGCUGCGUCGAUAUUGAUGAGUGCACCAUCAUGAACGGCGGCUGCGACACGCACUGCACCAACUCGGAAGGCAGCUACCAGUGCAGCUGCAGUGAAGGCUACGCGCUCAUGCCGGACAAGAGGUCGUGUACAGAUAUCGAUGAGUGCGAGGACAACCCAGAGAUUUGCGACGGUGGCCAGUGCACCAACAUCCCGGGGGAGUACCGCUGCCUCUGCUUUGAUGGAUUCAUGGCCUCCCUGGACAUGAAGACGUGCAUCGAUGUGAACGAGUGUGACCUGAACCCCAACAUCUGCCUGCACGGCGAGUGCGAGAACACCAAGGGCUCCUUCAUCUGCCACUGCCAGCUCGGCUACUUCGUCAAGAAGGGGACGACAGGCUGCACAGAUAUCGACGAGUGUGAGAUCGGUGCUCACAACUGUGACAUGCACGCCUCCUGCAUCAACGUGCCCGGCAGCUUCAAGUGCAAGUGCCGCACGGGCUGGCUUGGAGAUGGGCUGAAAUGCAACGACCUGGAUGAAUGUGCCACUGAAGAGCACAAGUGCAACCUGAACGCCAAUUGUGUGAACACACCUGGCUCCUACCGCUGCGCCUGCCGAGAGGGCUUCUCCGGCGACGGCUUUUCCUGCUCAGAUGUGGACGAGUGUGCGGACAACGUGAACCUGUGUGAGAACGGGCAGUGCCUGAACGCGCCCGGGGGCUACCGCUGCGAGUGCGAGAUGGGCUUCAACCCCACGGAGGACAGCAAGGCCUGCCAGGACAUUGACGAAUGCACCUUCCAGAACAUCUGCGUCUUCGGGAGCUGCCAGAACCUGCCUGGGAUGUUCCGCUGUGCCUGUGAUGACGGCUAUGAGCUCGACAGGAGCGGAGGCAACUGCACAGACGUCAACGAGUGCGCGGACCCCGUGAACUGCAUCAACGGGCUGUGCGUCAACACCCCGGGCAGCUACCUGUGCAACUGCCCCCAGGACUUUGAGCUGAACCCCACGGGAGUGGGCUGUGUGGACACCCGGGUCGGGAACUGUUUCCUGGACACUCAGGACCGUGGGGACGGCGGGAUCUCGUGCAGCGCUGAAAUCGGGGUGGGCGUCACUCGGGCCUCCUGCUGCUGCUCACUGGGCCGUGCCUGGGGGAACCCCUGUGAGCUCUGCCCUCCAGCCAACACAACUGAGUACAAGACCUUGUGCCCCGGAGGAGAAGGCUUCAGGCCCAACCCCAUCACAGUCAUCCUGGAGGAUAUCGACGAGUGCCAGGAGCUGCCAGGCCUCUGCCAGGGGGGCAACUGUGUGAACACUUUUGGCAGCUUCCAGUGCGAGUGCCCCCUGGGCUACUACCUCAACGAGGACACACGCAUCUGUGAAGAUAUUGACGAGUGCUCUGCCCACAUCGGGAUCUGUGGCCCUGGGACUUGCUACAACACCCUGGGCAAUUACACCUGCGUGUGCCCCCCGGAGUACAUGCAGGUCAACGGAGGAAACAACUGCAUGGACAUGAGGAAGAGCGUGUGCUACCGCAACUACAACGACACCUGUGAGAACGAGCUCGCCUUCAACAUGACCAAGAAGAUGUGCUGCUGCUCCUACAACAUCGGCAAGGCCUGGAACAAGCCCUGCGAGCCCUGCCCCACCCCCGCCAGCCCUGAGUACCAGAUCCUCUGUGGGAACCAGGCCCCUGGCUUUAUCAUCGACAUUCACACGGGGAAGCCAAUCGAUAUUGACGAGUGCAGUGAGAUCCCUGCUAUCUGCACCAAUGGCGUCUGCAUCAACCAGAUCGGCUCCUUCCGGUGCGAGUGCCCCAUCGGUUUCAGCUACAACAACAUUCUGCUCAUCUGCGAAGACAUUGAUGAGUGCAGCAGCGGGGAGAACCUUUGCCAGCGCAAUGCUGAUUGCAUCAACAUCCCGGGCAGUUACAGGUGCGAAUGCUCAACCGGAUACAAGCUGUCACCUAGCGGAGCCUGUGUGGGUCGCAAUGAAUGCCAGGAAAUCCCCAAUGUCUGCAGCCACGGGGACUGUGUGGACACCGAGGGCAGCUAUAUCUGCAUCUGUCACAACGGGUUCAAGGCCACAGGAGAACAAACCAUGUGCAUGGAUAUCGAUGAAUGUGACCGGCAGCCCUGUGGGAACGGCACCUGCAAGAAUACAGUCGGCUCCUACAACUGCCUGUGCUUCCCUGGCUUCGAGCUGACACACAAUAAUGACUGCAUGGACAUUGACGAGUGCUCCUCCCUGGGGGGGCAGGUGUGCCGGAAUGGCCAGUGUAUAAACAGCAUUGGCUCCUUCCAGUGCCUGUGCCAGGAAGGGUAUGACCGGACCCUGGAUGGGAAGAACUGUGUCGACAUCAAUGAGUGUGUGAGCCUGCCUGGAACCUGCUCUCCGGGGACAUGUCAGAACCUGGAAGGCUCUUUCCGCUGCAUCUGCCCCCCGGGGUACGAAGUGCAGAAUGACAACUGCAUCGAUAUCAACGAGUGUGAGGAAGAGCCCAACAUCUGCCUGUUUGGUACCUGCACCAACACCCCCGGCAGCUUCCAGUGCAUCUGCCCCCCCGGCUUCGUCCUGUCCGACAACGGCCGCAGGUGCUUUGACACCCGCCAGAGCUUCUGCUUCACCCGCUUCGACAAUGGCAAGUGCUCUGUCCCCAAGGCCUUCAACACCACCAAAGCUCGCUGCUGCUGCAGCAAGAUGCCUGGAGAGGGCUGGGGCGACCCCUGUGAGCUGUGCCCCCAGGAAGGAAACGUUGCCUUCCAGGAGCUGUGCCCGUACGGCCACGGGGCUAUCCCCGGCCCAGGCGAUACCCGGGAAGAUGUGAACGAGUGCGCCGAGAACCUCGGGAUCUGCAUCAACGGGGCUUGUAUUAACACUGAUGGCUCCUUCCGCUGCGAGUGUCCCUUUGGCUAUAAUUUGGAUUACACCGGAGUCAACUGUGUGGAUACCGAUGAAUGCUCCAUCGGCAACCCGUGUGGGAACGGGACCUGCACCAACGUGGUGGGAGGCUUCGAGUGCACCUGCGACGAGGGAUUUGAGCCGGGGCCCAUGAUGACCUGCGAAGAUAUCAACGAGUGCGCGCUGAACCCCCUGCUCUGCGCCUUCCGCUGCAUCAACACCUUCGGCUCCUACGAGUGCACCUGCCCCUUGGGAUACACCCUCCGGGAAGACAGGAGAAUGUGCAAAGAUCUGGACGAGUGCACAGAAGGCCUCCAUGACUGCGAGUCUCGAGGGAUGAUGUGCAAGAACCUCAUUGGUACCUUCAUGUGCAUCUGCCCCCCAGGAAUGCAGCGCAGACCCGACGGAGAGGGCUGUACAGAUGAGAACGAAUGCCGCACCAAGCCGGGGAUCUGCCCCAACGGCCGCUGUGUUAACAACGUGGGCAGCUAUCGGUGUGACUGCAACGAAGGCUUCCAAGCCAGUGCCUCAGGCACCGAAUGCAUCGACACCCGCCAGGGAUUCUGCUUCACUGAAGUGCUGCAGACCAUGUGCCAGAUGUCCUCCACCAACCGCAAUCCGGUCACCAAGUCUGAGUGCUGCUGCAAUGGUGCCCGCGGCUGGGGGACCCAGUGUGAGCUCUGCCCACUCCCAGGAACCACCCAGCACAAAAAGAUGUGUCCACAUGGGCCUGGGUACACCACUGAUGGGCGAGACAUCGAUGAGUGCAAGGUGCUGCCCAACCUCUGCAGAAAUGGACAGUGCAUCAACAGCAUCGGCUCCUUCCGCUGCCACUGCAAGCUGGGCUACACCACCGACAUCACGGGCACAGCCUGUGUGGAUCUGGAUGAGUGUAACCAGUCUCCUAAGCCGUGUAACUUCAUCUGCAAGAACACAGAGGGCAGCUACCAGUGCUCCUGCCCCAGGGGGUACAUCCUCCAGGAGGACGGAAAGACCUGCAAAGACUUGGAUGAAUGCUCCACCAAGCAGCACAACUGCCAGUUCCUGUGUGUGAACGUCAUCGGCGGGUUCAACUGUAAAUGCCCCCCUGGAUUCACUCAGCACCACUCCUCCUGCAUCGACAAUAACGAGUGUACAGCCCAGCCCACCCUGUGUGGAGCCAAAGGCCAGUGUCAGAACACGCCAGGCAGCUAUAACUGUGAAUGCCAGAAAGGAUUCUCCCUGGACAACUCUGGUAUCAACUGUGAAGAUGUGGAUGAGUGCGACGGGAACCAUCGCUGCCAGCAUGGCUGUCAGAAUGUCCUGGGAGGCUACCGCUGUGGCUGUCCUCAGGGCUAUGUGCAGCAUUACCAGUGGAACCAGUGUGUGGAUGAAAACGAGUGCUCCAGCCCCUCUGCCUGCGGCUCCGCCUCCUGCUACAACACUCUGGGCAGCUUCAAGUGCGUCUGUCCGUCCGGCUUCGACUUCGACCAGGCCUUCGGCGGGUGCCAGGAUGUGGACGAGUGCUCAGCCGGUGGCAGCCCCUGCAGCUACGGCUGCUCCAACACUGAUGGGGGCUACCUGUGUGGCUGCCCUGGGGGAUACUUCCGAGCUGGACAAGGGCACUGUAUUUCUGGACUCGGCUUCGGCAAAGGCUCCUACCUGCCUGCCCCUCCAGAGGAGGAUGAGGAGAACCUGCUCUCCCCCGAGACCUGCUACGAGUGCAAGAUAAAUGGCUACCCCAAGCGGGGCCGGCAGCGCCGCAGCAUCAACGGGACUGAGGGGCACCAGGAGCCCGCAGUGAGUCUGGCCAGCGUGGACAUUGAUGCUCCCCUGUCCAUGAGCCUGAACCUCUCGGCCCUGGACCACAAGGAGCACAUCCUGGAGCUGCUGCCGGCUGUAGAGCCCCUCGAAAACCAUGUGCGCUACGUGGUCUCUCAUGGCAACGAGGACGGCUACUUCCGCAUCCACCAGAAAGAAGGACUCAGCUACCUGCACCUCGGCCGCAAGAAGAUCAUGCCUGGCACCUACCUGCUGGAGAUCGUGAGCGUGCCCCUGUAUCGCAAAAAGGAACUGCAGAAACUGGAGGCCAAGAACGACCUCAACUACUUGGCAGGGGAGCUUGGCCAAGCACUCAGGAUGAGGCUUCAGCUCCAGCUUUACUAGCCACCACGAGAACCAACCAGCCACCCAGCCAGCCACAGCCCAGUUCUUAGCAGCGCCACCCACACCUGGAAACAAACCCCUUUGCUAUUGCCGCACCCCUGUGCCAGCACCUCGCCGGCCACACUGUCCGACUGCUGGGAAAUGCGCCCCUGGACUCAGCACUGGGCCCUGGGCAGCUAAGGGCUGCUCUGCUUCACAGAGCACCUGUGUUACGCACCAAGCAACCCCCCAAAAGAGCUUGUGAAAUCUUUGUCCAUGGUUUGAAACCCUGUUGUCUGGAGCUGUGUCUCCCUCUGUGCUCUCAUCCCCUGCAGUGGGCGGCCCUGUCCUCUUCCCUUAAACAUGACACUGUUAGUCUGAGCUGACAAGGAUUUUCCCAUUGAAACCUCCCUGUCUUCCACGGCCAGGGGCCGCUCGCCAUCCACAAGCUAGGAGAUGGGCGGUGGCUGAGGACAGAGCUCAGAUGUGACCUCUAAAGAAGCUGCUGUAUUGGUGCCAUUUCCCAACAUAUCUGGUUUUUCCUUUGCUUCUGCAUUGCCAUAAUGGUGCUCUGGAAAAUCCUCCUCAGCUGAUACUGGCUGCUCGCUAUCUGCCGCGCUCUUUUUUUAUAUUGUGUUCCAUCAGGUCCUGCGUUUGUCCCUUUGCAUGGCAAAAAAAAGUUAAUUUGGCCCCACUUGGAGUGAAGGGCCAGUUUGGAUUAUGCCAUGUAACCUCACACUGCAAGCUAGCCAGUCUGAAGGACUGCAGGUUUCUGUUCCAGUUUAAGGCUUCAAUACCGCAGUGUUCUGAACAUGUGCAAUACUAGCUGGUACUGCUGGCACCCUCUCCACAGAGCGGAGUUUGGAAGGGUUGUUCCUACAGCUCCAGCAACUGCAGAGGUUAACGUACGUUCUUCUGUCACCAGCAGGUGCUGAGUAGCUUUGGGGGAGGCGUACAGUUGUAUGCUUUGAUUGUGGUUGAACAAACUCAAUUGCCACGAGAGAUGUAGUGAGUCUUAGCACAGCACAGAUAGGCCCUUCCUGCUGGUAGGAAUUGGGGGUGAUUUGGCCCAGUGGGGGGAUCCUAGACCCACUGCUGGGAGUGUUUGCGAGUUCCCCUAGAGGUCCCCCCGAGCAGGAGCAGGAGAGGUGUGCUCAGAAAUGGCACUGCAGGCCCACAGGGGAGAGGGACAUGGCUCAUGGGCAUUUAGGCCCAUAUUUUCAAAAUGGUCCCUGAUUUUGGGUGCCAGUUUGGAGGUGUCUGGUUUGAGUCACCUCAGGGCCUUUGGCCAGACACCCACAGUCGGGGGCACUUGCAAAUAUGGGAUUCCGCUCUGGUCACUCCAACGUGAUGUCAGAAAUACUAAUCCUCUGAUCAAUGCAGACAAACUAAAUGCACUAAAAACAACCUGCAAAAUCAGAUUGCAAAGAAUCUGUCUCCUUGCUGCCGCCGAUGGCCUGAGCAAAGAGGUUGGUACUGACAGCCCUUGCCUCCUGCCAAGAGGGUGAUUUUUCAUACGACUGUUUUGUACAAGGCCAUUUUCUAGUUUUGCAUGAAACUCUUUUUUCCGUUUUUUGUGUAAGUCGGUUUUGGGGUUUGUUUUUGUUUGUUUGUUUGUUUUUUGGUUCUGCAUCAACACUGUGCAUCAGCAAAAGGAAACAAAGGUGCUAAUUCACUCAUGGUAACACACAAGACUACCUGAUAGAUCCCCAGAUCAAUGGUGCUUUCAGCUCGCGGAAGCUGGUGCUGGUACUGAAUCGUCAGGGUUACUGCACUGCAUCCACCCUUCAUAUUUAUGUAUAACCACCAAUGUUACAACUGCUUGUUGUUGUGAGGAGGGCAUAUUCCUGUAGCUUUUUUGGUACUUUGGGGUGGGGGUUGUUUUUCAUUUCUGUUCUUUCCUGGGAUGCUGCCACCCCAUGGCAUGUAGGGGAAGUGUGUGUAUACUGUACUUUGGCUAAUAUCAAACUUGAAAACUCUUUUGCAUAAUGCAGCUGUAAACAACACAGAGCUGGAUUUUGCAAGAGUACCAGACCUCAUGACGUGACAGGUGGCCUGUUUUUGUUUUGUUUUUUUACCAAAGGGUGCUUUUAAAAAAAUUAAUAAUAAUAAAUUAGCAGAGGCGGGGUUUUGUGUGUGUGUGUUGAGCCAAACGUGUCAAAUGAGAAAGUGAAAUGUUUUCAUUCAUUCCAGUCUAGUGUGGUGAUUUGUGUUCAUUGACAUUUCUUGCUAGUUGGUUUUCAGAUGUGCUGGGCACACCCAGUGCAGAAGCUGUGCCACCUUGCCCCGCAGAGCGAGCGUCUCUUUGUGGAUUCCUUUUUGUAUCAGAAGCAACGGCAACAAUAAAAUUAUUUUGGGUUAAA